UUAUUUAGCCUGAAAGAAGAAAAGAAAGGAAAAAUUCGAAUACAAAAUAAGGGGAGAGUGACAGACUCUAGAGUUGCAUAAUAGCACCCGUCGUUUAAUUGAAGCCGCUGGUAGAAGAAAAAAGGGAAGAUUCGCACCCAGUUGGGAACACAAAGAAGAAAUAGGGCAUAACCAUAAGCGACAGUGCGUUUUGGCUUCUCCAAGCGGUCAACUCCAUUGUUCUCGACUCUUUCAAUUUCUACAACUUCAAUUCAACAACUCAUUCUUUUUCUCUCAAACAUGAAGCCAAAAUCAUCGGUGAAUCGACCCCCAACACCAGAUGUUGUUGAAAAUCUCCCAGAAAGGGAACCCACGUUUCAAGAACUCAUCAACAUCAAGUUUAUUGAGACUGGGGAGAAGGAGCGGUUGAUGGAACUUUUAAGGGAAAGGCUUGUCGAUUGUGGUUGGAAGGAUGAAAUGAAAGCUCUCUGCAGAGCCUUUGUGAAGAAGAAAGGGAGAGAUAAUGUUACCGUAGAUGAACUUGUACACGUAAUCACUCCAAAGGGCCGAGCCUCAGUUCCUGAUUCUGUAAAAGCUGAGCUUUUGCAAAGAAUUCGCACAUUUCUUGUUUCUGCAGCUCUCUAAUGGCUUGAUCGGCAAUAAUCUCGCCGACAUUCUGUAAUCUCGCCGACAUUUUGUAAAGGUAAUGAAUUCGUGUUUUGAUUGCAGUUGGAAUUGUGGUAGGUCUCUUUUCAAUGUUGGCGAACUAGUAAGUAACAUAGAGAUUGUUUCUCCAAACCGAAUUUGAAAGCAUUGGAAAGAGUAAUGCCAAUUUCCAAAAAAAAACUGCACAGUUUGUACUAUGUCUUGUCUUUCAGGGAUGGGUAUGUGUUGUAAAACCGUGACUAUUUCUCUCCUUCAUUCAUAAAUUUGAUAGAUUAUAUUUUUAUCGAAAUCGGUCAAACUGCUACUAUGUACACCAUUUUUCCUUGCUUUGAUUUUAAGAGAAAAAUGCUUCUUCA